AGGUGCAGUAUUAGACAUUUCAGUUCUUGUCAUCACAUGGCGACACCCAUACAAAUUCGUUGGGUUAUUCUUCCCCAUGCCCUGAGCCUCAACUGUCACCCGUGUCCACUCCUGUCGUAGAACGGGAGUCCUCCGCGAGAUAUGCCACGGGAAGUGCGAGGUGUUCCCCAGCAGACCGUCUCCGCGACAACUUUGGCCCAUGUUGAUGACCCCGUAUAUGUGAGCGAACUCCCAGAUUCGCUAGCUAGGCCAGACGCCCACGAUAAAACUGACAAACAAGACGACGACACCCAAUGGGAGUUUGAUCCAAGCAAUCCUCGGAAUUGGUCUGCGUUGAAAAAAUGGACUGCGACUACUCUUGUAUCCUUUUACACCUUUCUCGCACCCUUAGGCAGUUCCAUGAUGGCCCCAGGAUUGCCUGACAUAGCGCUGAGAUACCACAUAACAAAUCCCACGGUCCUUGCGCUAACCCUGUGUGUCUUCUUACUCUCGCUGGCCGUCGGCCCGCUGUUUAUUGCCCCCCUGUCCGAAAUGUACGGGCGGGUAUGGGUGCUGCAUAUCGGGAACCUUGUUUUCCUUACCUUCAAUUUGGCAUGCGCUUUAGCGCCAACGGCCGGCACAUUUGUUGGUUUCCGCUUCCUUGCUGGUUUCGCUGGUAGCACCCCUUUGGCAAUUGGCGGGGGGGUCAUCAGUGACCUAUUUGCCGAACGCGACCGGGCGUCUGCUAUGGCACUUUACACCAUGGGGCCCCUGAUAGGCCCAGCAAUUGGCCCAGUCAUAGGGGGCUUCAUCAGUCAGUCAGUCGGUACGCAGUAUGUCUUUUACCUCAUUACUGGCCUUUGUGGUCUUGCCGCGGUCCUGGCUAUCCCUCUCUUACGGGAAACAUAUGCUCCGCUUAUCCGCCUUCGAAAAUCCAAGCAUCCUACGGAUCCCGAAAAGAAGGCUGCGGCCCAUACGAGUGCCCCGCAAGUUCCUGCAAACAAGUGGAAUUACUUAUGGGUCAACAUAUCUCGCCCUAUGCUCAUCCUUACCCGGAGCUUCAUAUGUUUUGUUUUAAGUUUGUACAUGGCCUUGAUGUAUGCCAUCUACUACUUGAUGUUUGCCACAUUUCCGAACCUGUUCUCCGAAGUCUACCAUUGGAGCGUUGGUAUCGGCGGUUUAGCAUACGUUGGUCUUGGAAUAGGAUUCCUGCUGUCGGCCUUGUUAGGCGCUAAGAUAUCGGACAAGUUGUACUCACGUCUGGUAGCUAAGAACGACGGGAGGGGGAAGCCUGAGAUGAGAGUCCCAGCUCUCAUAUUUGGGUCGUUUUUUGUCCCUGUUGGGCUACUCUGGUAUGGUUGGUCUGCCCAGGCAGGAAUCCAUUGGAUUAUGCCAAUUAUUGGGACCUCCAUCUACGGUUUUGGACUAAUGACCACGUUCCUCCCAAUUCAACUGUACCUUGUCGAUGCUUUCGUGUACAGUGCAAGUGCAAUCGCAGCCGCGUCGUUUUUCCGAUCCUUUUUAGGAUUUGUCUUCCCCCUUUUCGGGGAGCAGAUGUUCAAUGCUCUUGGGUAUGGAUGGGGAAAUACGUUGCUUGGAGGACUUGCAAUCGUCAUCGGGAUUCCGUUCCCGAUCUGGAUAUAUUGCGCUGGCGAACGUAUCCGGUCUCGAAGCGCCCUAUUUCAGCGUCCUGCUGAGUCGGCUGGAUGAUUAGCGUGAUGGUGGUCGGGUCCCCAGUUCUUGAUGUCCGAAUACUGAUUGUAUGUCGCGUGCUAAAAUGGAGUAGACACCCCGUUAGACCCCGUUACUUACUAAUCAUGAAAUUCACGACAUUUGGACACAGGAACA